GGUUUGAAUUUGGCGCUUCUUACCUUUUUGUACUGUACCCGACGAACCCUGAUCCAGCCUGUGCAGUCCGUCUGGAAAACAAAGCGUUUCCCUGCACUUUUUCAGUCCGUCUUUGGUGACUUGUGAGUGGCUCUUUGGAGCUUGUUCAGUGAAACAGAAUGAAUGUGCUGAUGAUUCAGGACAUUCACAGGAGCGGAAGGACAAGGUUUCGGUCUCACAGAAUCAAAAAAGAAGGCAACGAAGAGUGAGCCUCUCCAUCUCUGAGGGGCAGCCAUCGUCAACAACUGGAUUAUUCACCAUACUGGCUAUAAUACUGGAUCAUAAAUCACCAUCGUGGGUGACAUCAACCAAUGAAGGAACUGGAUUAUUCCCCAAGGGUGACACAAAAAUAAAAAUGGGCAACAUCCAAUAGUAAAAAGACCUGCUGCGAUAGUGAGGCGUGUCAGAUUCUUCAUCAACAAAGUAACAGUGACUGUACACCUGGAUUCCUCAUCACCGUGGUAACUGUGGACGUUGUACAAUUGGAUUCCACCAUGCUGUACUUCCAGGUGGUGAUUUUGGCAGCUGCGGUGAUGCUGGUUUACUACUGUGAGUUCACCGACACUUUCAGUCCAGCGCAGCAGGGCUUCGCCUGCAGGGACCCGGCGUUGACCCGACCGGAUCCUGGACCCGAGCAGCUCAGCCGCAUCCAGCCUGUCAUCCUGUACUCUGUGGUGGGCGGACUGCCCGUCGUACUGAUUUCAGGCGUAGAGUUAGUUAUCUUCCUCAUCCACCACAACUCGAACAACCUCUACGACCAAGACAAGGUCGUCGUCAUGGGGGACUGUUGCUACGUGAACCCUAUGGUGCGCAGGACCUUCCGUUUCCUUGGUGUGUACGUCUUCGGUCUGUUUGCGACGGACAUCUUGGUCAACGCAGGUCAGCUGGUCACGGGAAGUCCCGCUCCCUACUUCCUGUCCGUUUGCCAGCCCAACUACACGGCCCUCGGCUGCCAGGACGUGGCGCACUUUGUCAGCCAAUCGGAUGCGUGUACCGGUGACGCCGACGACAUCACGAGAGCCAGGAAGACGUUCCCCUCGAAGGAGGCUGCACUGAGUCUGUACACAGCGGUUUAUCUGGCAAUGUACGUCAUGUCCUGCAUUGGUACCAGCGGAGGCCGACUGACGGGCCCUCUCCUCAGCCUCUCAUUGGUCAGUCUGGCUGUGCUGACGGGCAUCAACCGAGUGGCCGAGUACCGGAACCACUGGAGCGACACUAUAGCGGGACAAGUCAUCGGGGGAGCUGUUGCUGUCUUUCUUGUGGCGUUUGUGGUGCAGUAUUUUAAAGAGAGGCCUGGGAUUCCUCGGAGUCCUUCAGACGCGGGCACGGCUAACACUGAUGAGGCGUCGCCUCGAAUGAACCACACCAUGGAAACCUGCGACAAAGAUACUGCUGCACGGAGCCCAGCAUCCUUCACAGAAGUCACAUGACUAUGAACCCCCCACCCAAAUACACCACAAGAGGAAAUGGACAAAUCCUAUUGGAUGCCAGAUUUGGACCUUUAGUUCGUAUUCUCUUAUGUUAAACUAUGACUUUUUAUAUAUAUAUUUAUUUUUAACACGUGAGUUAUUGCAAACAGGCAGUCACUACGUACUGUACAGUCUGUUGAUAUUGUGUGCUGGCAGGUACAGUAGGUCUAAGUGGAUAUCUGCUUCAUGAGACGAACAGAGAGAGCGGGUCUCUCAGAGUGGAUGAAAAAAAAAGAUGAAAAGUUUAUUGCUUAAUGCAAAUCUGGAAUAGCAAUAAAUUGGCCUUGUCAAAUUUAAAUGGUUUUGUAUUUGACAAUACCAUCGUCCGCCGCUAUACUGUAAAUCAUGACACAUUGUAUUGACAUAACAUGACAUUCAGUAAAACUGUGUCAUGAGUUCAUAUUUUGAAUCAUAAAUCAAAAAUAGUUGUAAUCCAUAGGUUACACUUUCUGUAAAGGGAACGAGCGAUUUUGGAGAGAGCUUGUUUCUCUCUUUGUGUAUGUAAGUGUAAGUAAAAUUGUUCUGUUAUAUCUGUGGUAAAUGUCGGUCAUAGUUUCCCUCCGUCAGUCCACGUUUCCAAGCAGCAGCACAGAUCAACACAGUUUUUCUCGUGUAACAAUACUGGUUGAUAUUCUUUGUUCACGUCCAGGUUCUGUACAGGACACACACAAUUACAAGAGGUCUGGUUGCAUAUAUACUUACUAAAUAAGCUGUCGGAGUUACAUAUAUCUUUGGUACAGGAUGUCUUAGUUAUGAGUUUCCUUCAUACAUUAUUUGAUGUGCUUCCUUAUCCAGGUAAAAUGUAUUAUUGUUGGAUAUGUGUUAAGUUUGGAUGUAGUGCUGUUCUGACUCACAGGUCAGCGAAGAGACUAUUUUUGUUUCAUACACUUACUGCCACUCAUCCUACUAUUCCAUUUAUGAUGGUUAAUGAAUAAUAAUAAUUCAUGCUACACAUCCAAAGGAAUUUUAAAUUCAAAGAUUACGCAUCACACUCUUCAUGAAUGGUCCAGUGGGUGUUUCAUCAUGUUGUCCUGUAUGGCCAUAAAAAGGUGUUUCAGAAUCACUACACCAUAGAUUUUUUUCUCUUCGACUGGUGGUGGUGUUGCAGUAUGUGUACUCAUGUAAAUAUAACUUACGUCUGAUUUCUUCAUAUGUGAUAUAUAUGCAGUAUAAAUAUACAGAUACACAGAUUAUUGAGAGGUCUCAGUUAUUUACUUAUUGUAGCUGGGCUUUAGUUUUAGGGGUUUUGUGUUAUCUUCUUGUUCACCGUCCUGUUGACGAUAUCAGAGUUUCUGUGAUCUGUGGAUCAGGAAAAAAAACAUGAGAAAGAUAAAGAAAAAAAAAGUGCUCAGAACUGCUCAGCUAUUUCAUGUACUUGUAUCGUGUACAGUAGCAGAACUCUGUACAGUGCUGUAAAGAACCCUGCAAAUUAAAUUAAAAGUCGUUCUA